GGAGGACGCAGACAAUCAGAUUUUCCACUGCUGACCCGAGAACGCUUUCGUGAUGGACGAGAAGGCGCCUAUGCGACGGCGCGAUCGCUUCUUCAAAAAGUUGGGAGUCGGCCACUCGCGUACAAGCGAAACCGCGGCGGUGCCGACUUCAGCGCCAGCGGCUGGGAACGUUUCCGCAAAUGUCGACGUUCCGCCCCCGCUGCCAGCAACAACUUCGUUGCCGAUAGUCUCUCAGCCAUAUGACCAAUUCAUCGCGGAGGCUCUCGAAAAGCUCAAUGAAGCCGAUCGGGCUGUAGUAGAGGAAUAUUUCGUUACUUCGAACAUAAGUGAAACAGUCCAACAGGCUUACGACGGAGCGAAUAAGCUGAAGUCAAAGAUUGAAGACUCGAGAGGAGUGAUAGGACGGAGAGUUUCAAACAUUGUCCAAUGGAUCGACAGAUUCAAAAGCGUGGGCGAUGCCAUCGCUGGCCUCGAUCCCAUUCACGCCGGUUUGCCUUGGGCAGGCGUCAAAAUCCUGCUCUCUGUCGCUAUCGCAGAUGUCGACCAAAUGGCCACACUCGUCACUGGCAUGGAUCUCGGGUUGGGGAUUGCUAACCGUCUGCGCGCAUACUUCCAUUUCUUUCAAAAACUUCCGACAGACUUGACCACCGAGAACUUCCAUAAAGCCCUGGUAGUGCUCUACGCCAAAGUCCUAGGAUUUCUUGCCCAAGCCUUCAAGGUCUACAAGACCCCUGUAGCACUGCGGGGACUUCGAACUUUCUGGCAAGAUAGCACGAUUCAAGACUUCGAAGCGGAGAGUGAUAAGCUGGGCGCACGGUUGGCGAUUGAGGUCUCCAAUUGUGACAGGCAUCUAGCCGCAUCGGAUCGAACCAAGACGGCAAAAUGGAGGGACGAGCUCGAAGUUCAGCUAAAGGCACUCGAUGCCAUUGCUGAUAUAAAGUCCUCACUGGAGACGCUGCAGGUCAAGUUCGAUCUGUCCAAACUGGAGGUCGUCUAUGGUGCAGCUUUUGACUCGAGCGAACAGUAUCAUUUGCCCUAUUGCUUAGAAGGAACACGAGUUGAGGUGAUCACGAUGAUACUGAACUGGACAAGAGAGCCCGAAGGGAAGUCGAUCUUCUGGCUGUGCGGGAAGGCCGGCACAGGAAAAUCGACAAUUUCACGCACCGUUGCGCAGGAGCUCAAGAAUGGCGAACGAAUCGGAGCCAGUUUUAUUUUCAAGAGAGGUCAUGCUGGCCGAGGUAAUCCCGAUCUGUUCUUUGCGACUAUCGUGGCUCAACUUUGCAACCACGUCCCAGCUCUGCGUAAGCCUGUCGCUGACGCACUCGACAAGAACUCACUUCUGUGUAGGAGCAAUCUUCAGACUCAAUUUGAUGAACUUUUCCGGAAACCAAUAGAAUCUUUGGAUCUGGUACAGCUUCCCGAUAGGCGUGUCACGAUCGUUGUUGAUGCUCUGGACGAAUGCGAGCGAACACAUGUCCGGAAACUUCUUGAUCUCCUUGCCGAGGUGAACGCAAUAAAGGGCCUAGAAUUGCGUAUUUUUAUAACGAGCCGACCAGAAACACCUAUCGAAGCUGGAUUUAGAAAGGUCGAUGGAAAAUUGCACGACGAUAUCGUGCUAGAAGAGGUUCAGUCCUCGAGCAUCGAAGAUGAUAUCCGCAAGUAUUUCAUCCACGAAUUCGCCGAGAUCCGUGCAGAAUACGACGACGAGGUGUUUCCAACCGAAUGGCCCACCUCGAAGGCGAUUGACGAUCUUAUCGCUAGAGCUGUGCCGCUAUUCAUCUUCGCAGCCACUGUUUGUCGCUUUGUCAGAGAAAAGACUCCGCGAAAGCGACUGGAGGGUAUUCUGAACGAAAGACACGUGCUGUCGUCGGUCCGCCUUGAUGCAGAAUAUACACAUCUCAGGAUAAUCUACACGCAGGUUCUCCAGCAGCUUGCCAGGAAUGUGGACGACACUGACACUGAUGACGAUGAUGAAAACAUUCAGACUUUCAAAAGGGUUGUAGGCCCUAUCAUUCUGGCGGCUGAUCCACUGUCGGCAGAAUCACUUUCGAAGAUCUUACAAAUUGACAUCGACGAUAUAAAUUACAUAGUCAGUCAGCUGAAAGCCGUCCUGAACGUGCCCCGGAAUACUUCUCAACCCAUACAGACCCUGCAUCUUUCCUUCCGCGAGUUCCUCCUCGACGCUGAGAAUAAGGCGAAUCGGAGAUUCCGAAUCGACGAAAUGGAAACAAACAGGAAGCUUGGUGAGAAAUGUCUAGAAUUACUGACGGCAAAAGACGCCAUUCGACAAGACAUCUGCAAUGUUCGAAAGCCCGGUUUCAAACGCAUAGAUCUUAGCGAAGAGCAGGUCACGAAAAGCAUACCUCCCGAUGUUGCAUAUGCGUGCAUGUAUUGGCCGCAUCAUCUCACGGCAAGUGAGGAUCGAAUUGCUGACCAUGGCCUUGCUCACAAGUUUUUGACGAAGCAUUUGAUGCACUGGUUAGAAGCCAUGAGCUGGAUCGGACAAUGUGUUCUUGCAAUUUCCUCAAUCUCAGAUCUCGUGAAGUUGUCAAAGGGUGAUGGAUGUAAAAGUUUAGCAUCGCUACUGGGAGACGCUUACCAAUUCAUCUCCAAAUUCAAAUCGGUCAUCGAAGUCGCACCACUACAAGUUUAUUAUGUGGGAGCACGGUUUACACCUGAGCGGAGCUCCGCGCUGCGGGCCUUUUUUGCAAACCUGGAUAGCACUUGGGAUGUCAAGCCGGACAUUCCAAUGCAUUGGGAUCUUUAUUCUUUGUCGAUUGAAGGUCACACGCAAGCAAUCAGAGACAUAGCAUUCUCCCCAGACGGGCAAAUGCUUGCUUCGAUAUCUCAUGAUAAGAGUCUACGGCUGUGGUCACUCACUGGAGAUCAGUUGAGUUUGGGUUUGCACCGGGACUACAUCUCGGCGCUCGGCUUUUGCGAAAAUGGAAAGCAGGUGGUAUCAGUGACAAUGACUGGGCACGUGCAGUUUUGGGAGGUGGCUACAGGAAGAAGGCUGUGGGACUUCCACCUCAGUGGCCUGACACCAGGAUCCCGCGUUCGAUCCGUCGCUAUCUCACCUCACGGUAGCAUUGCAUGGAGACAUGACAGUGCAAUGAUAUGGAAGUGCGACAGAAUGGGCCGAGACGUUCAACUUGUGUCACAUCUAGAGGCAAAAGCUAACACAGAAGAAGCCAAUAGCUCUGAUGUUGAAGUCGAAACCGAGAUUGGCUUCACGGUCAUUUGUACAUCACCCGACGGACGCUUGGUAGCCGGGACAAGUGACGGUCAGCUUUUCAUGUGGAACCCUGGUUGGUCUGGGCAGCCAUGCCAAUGGAAAGGCCAUUCAUCCUGGGUACUGCAUAUUGCCUUCUCCACAGAGGGGUAUUUAGCCACAUACGCAACGGGCGACAAAAUUUGUAUCUGGACAUGGUCUGGUGGUGAAAUGAGCUGUAUCUGGCAGAAGUCUGUGGCGCAUAUCCACGGCAUGGCAUUUGCACCAAAUGCUCAGCUGGUCUUCGCUGAAAACAGGACGACGCAGCAGUGGGACCCGCGCGCGGAUCAACAGAUAGGAAAGCCAAUCGACCAUGCCUCCAGCGUGAUCGCCAUUGCAGUUUCGACAACGGAUCAGCUGGCGUCGGCUACAUCAGACAAUAUCAUUCGGCUUUGGCCCAACUCGUCAAGAAAUGGAGCAGGGGACGAGCAGGACUUGCAGUAUAGCGAAGUGACUGUCUGUAUUUUCAGCGAUGACGGAAACUUUCUAGUAUCUGGCCAUGAGAAUGGGGAAGUGCGAACCUGGGACUCGCUUACCGGCAAGGAAUUGCGAUUAUUGACCUCAGCAGAUCAAUCGUUAGCUGGGGAUAUCAGAUCACUUGCCGUUUCACCAGAUGGGUCUUCGAUCGUAUCGGGAUCGAGGAACAAGAUCUUGCGAUGGUGGGUGACGAGUAAAGAGAAAGAGUUCCAUCGCCGCCAUGAAUUUUUCGAACGCGCCGUGGCAAUGACCUUCUCGACCGACGGUGCGGUCCUUGCCUUAGGCUUGGGCGGCGGAUUCAUCUACCUACAGAACGGAGCACAUGACGAAACACCACGACUGUUUGCAUCAGGGACGGAUCCAAUAGAGUCACUCUUGUUCGCAGGGGACGGAAUGUCUCUGGUAUCGGGACACUUUGGCAGCGCUGUCUGUCUCUGGUGUGUGAAAACUGGCACGUUAUUGCAUCGCUUUCAACCCAAUGGGCAACAGAUGACUACCGUCGCCAUAAGCUGCAAUGGAGUCAUCGCGUGCGUAACAGAACAGGGAUGGCCGGUACAACUCUGGGAUGCGAGCUCAAAGGAACUACUGCUGGAGCUUUCAGCUGGCGCGAACGUCGCUUCACCCAGACAGCUUGAAUUUUCGGCCGAUGGUUCAAUUUUGCGGACAAACGUGGGCGAUUUCGAUCUGAUCCACGCACCCUCGACAGCGAUGUCAUGCUCUGCCCUACGACCGGCUCCACUCCGCUUAAACGCGGAUGGAAAUUGGAUACAGCGAUUCGGAGAGGACGAAUUGUGGCUGCCGCCGGGCUGGCGACUGGGCCACGGCUGGUUUUUCACCUUCGCUGUCAGAUAUGGAGCGACUCUCGCUAUCCCCACAGCGACUAGAGGGAUGAUUUUCUGGCGUGAGAAAAGUAGCUUAUCGGUGACUGAGAGUCAGGUAUGAAAUCACGGACCCACUGUGUCCUGGUCUCAAAACCUACGGGUAAUCUCUGGGUAUAAAGAUAUCGCAGCGAGUGGACGAGCGAGACCGCACUCAGAUAGAUAAGCAUAUGCCCAGAUACUGAUGACUAAUCCUCCUAUCCC